CCUCGCCCGACCCCGCCGCCCGUCCACCCCCGGUACCACCUCGUCAGGUUGUUUCGGUCGCCGCUUGUUGCCUUUUUUGGGACAGCGCUUGUGUUUCGGGGCCGUUCGCGAUGGCGAUGCUGGCGGAGCAUCAGUUCAAGCAGCUCCCGGCGGACAAGCAGAUCGACACCAGGGCUUUCCUGGACAGCGUGUCUUACCUACCGCCCUUUUUCGAUUGCCUUGGAUCAACUGUAUUUUCACCAAUCAAAGCAGAUGUGACUGGCAACAUCACUAAAAUCAAGUCGGUGUAUGAGACAAAUCCUACAAAAUUUAAAACCUUGCAACUGAUCCUGGAAGGAGAGAAGGAACAAUAUGGCACCGAGUGGCCAAAGGUUGGAGCUACACUGGCGCUGAUGUGGCUCAAAAGGGGUUUGAAGUUCAUACAGGUUAUGCUGCAAAGCAUCGCAGAUGGGGAGCGGGAUGAUGCAAAUCCAAACCUCAUUCGAGUCAAUGCAACAAAAGCAUAUGAAUUGGCCCUGAAGAAAUAUCAUGGCUGGCUCGUUCAAAGACUAUUUUCUGCUGCAGUUUAUGCAGCUCCAUAUAAAUCGGACUUUAUGAAAGCGCUGUCAAAGGGUAAAGAGGUCAAAGAAGAAGAAUGUGUAGAGAAAAUCAGACAGUUUUUAGUCAACUUUACAGUGACUAUCGACGCAAUCUAUGAGAUGUACACAAAACUGAACGCAGAGUUGGAUUACAAGGUCUAACACUUGCACUGAGUCUGCCUCUCUUAUUUUCUCUCCUUCUCUCUCUCUCCCCCCUUCCUGUCAGCAAUAAACUAACUGUAAUCACUGUGAUUUUGAUAACUUUUUAGGUUGCUGUUUCUACAGGGUAAUGAUCAUUAAUCAGCAGUAAUUAGUGUGGAAUCCAGGCAGAAGAGAGACCAUCUCUGUGAAGUUGAUCCAUGUGUGAGUUACUGUGUACUUUUGAACCUUAGUACUGUAAUAACACUGAAUUAAAUCAAAACAGAUCAGGUCCAUCCAUUCCAUUAGUCCUACUGGUUCAGUUGAUGGAACAGUGGAGGGUGUAUUAUUUUCUAAUAUGAAUUUCCUUUGCCUGUAUUAACUGAUCAUAGAUCUAGAGUGUUUUAUAGGGUUACUCCUAAAAUACAUUUGUAAUUUUUCACCAGGGAACUGAUGUGGCCUUUGACUGUUUAUAGAGGAGAUGUUGAGGUAAAUGUGAAAGCUCAACUUAUAAAUGUUCCAUCUUUUACUUUUCAAUCUCAGGAGGCAAGGCUAACCUCCUAUAAUUUAAACAGAGAAGCUCAUGCUGAUAAAUAAAACCACAUCCUUUUUAAACUAUUUCUCCCUCUCUUAAUGCUGCUGACGCCUGCUGGGAUAUGGUACAAGUACCAGUAUUUCUCCCAAGUGGCCACUCCUCUAGUGUGAGCCUAGACAGCAACUAUCAGCUAGCUGAUUGUUUGAGGCAGUGGAGGGACAUUGUACAUUGUACAGGCUCAGAUAUAAUCUCCACUUCUUGGCUCAAGUUGCUGAAUUGUGAUUCAGCAUAGAAUCUCUACCUCCUUUUUCUUUCCUUCUCCCUCCUUGCCUAUGUCUUCAAACCACAGGAGCUAAAGCUGGUUCUUGCCUAGCAAAAGUGAAUUAACUAAUUUGACACCAGACUUGGGGUGAAGUCUGUGACCUUCUAUUCUGGAUAGCUCAUUUCAAUUAAAACAUUAGGGGAGCUCUCACCCUUUUUAAAAAAAUAAAUAAAAAUAUAAUAAAUGAGUUGUAGUAUGUACAAUUUAGAAAAACCAGUCUGAACCUUUCCAGAAAUACUAAUGGAAGGAGAGCAAUUCUUGACCUUAUUAGCAAAGGAUUGUUGGGAACUUGAACAUCAAGAUAACAUUGUUAUCUAACUGCUUUUUCUAACUGCUGUGUCUUUGGAGAGCUUCCUGUCUGGGCUUUCUCCCUUUUUAUUUAUUAAAUCUGCAAAUCUCAGGAUCAGUGCUGGAUAUCCAAAAUCUGCCACCGAUUUUGUACUUUUAAGUGGCUCUAACAUUCAGUUGGAGGAUGAGGUUGUGGAGAUUGACCUUGUUUUUAUUGCAAAGAGCAGUAAGCUGAAUCAACUGGUUUAAUGAACCCAGAUUGUCCUUUCUAAUUAUAAACUUGAUGCAUUUCAAAUAUUUCUGCACUCUAUUAGGAGAUACCCUUGCUAAUCAUUCAUUUGCUGAUUUAUAACAAGUGAUUCUGUGUUGCUUGUCUCUGCCUCCCUCACUGCCAAGCUCUUCUGCUAUCUUGCAAUAUCAAAUUUACACUUCACUUCCAGGUAACCACUUUCAAACUGCACUCUUUUUGAUAGUGCAAUGUUGAAUAACUGGAGCAUUUGGCUGAAAAUGAGCUAACAUGACCAGUCUUUAAAUAUAAUGCAAGGUUGUUUGCCAUCCAAUGACCCCGAUGGUCGCUCGAUGAGUCUUUCAAACCCCAGCCUAGCCCAGGGACACUCGUUGAGACUCUGACAAAGUCAGUGAUUAAAAUUCGGAACUUCCUUGUUCUCUAUGCAAUUUGAUGGCAGGUGGUUCCUUUACCCAUUCAGCAUUAAGAGAAUUGAGAAUGUGUGUUUUAUCUUAAUUAUAUUCAAACAAUUGCUGUUAGCAUGAGUUACUGCUCAGGAUCGUGGCUCUUGACAAAAAAUCUAUUGAAUACUCCUGUUUCAUAGGCAUGGAAGAGGUAGAUAAUUCAGCAAUAAGUUGUCAGUCUCCCUCUAAGAUGUGAUCAAGUAGCUUUUUGCUUUGGAGAAUUGUCAAAUUAGUGCAAUAAAAAGUUGGGAUGGAAAAAUAGCUGUGUAGAGAUAGCUUGUUAUCUAGCAGUGCUGUUUUUAAGUGCUUGAUGCUAAUAGCUUGCAUUCCUGUGCACCAAUAUCCCUUGUUUUGAGCACAAAAUUUACAACACAGAUGUUUAUAUAUAAAAGGAAAGGUGGAGCAACAAGGGGGAUAUUAUUCCUUCAAUUGUUACAUUGAAAAAGAAGGAAUUUCUGGCAAAUUAUGUUUAACUGAAUCAAACACAUGUGCCAACUGUGUUUUGGUUUUUGUAUCACUUGAAAGACAAGUCUGCACUGCAUGGCGAUAGGUGGGAGAUGCGGUGUGGGGGUAUUGGUGGUCCUGUGACAGUAGUGACUGAAACCUCAGUGCCUUCUCAUUGCUGCUUGUUAUAAAUGUUUUUUUUUUAAACCUGGGCUGACCAGGUUCACUCUUAGCAAUCUGAGACCAUAUUUUAAAUUAUACUAGGACCUAUUAACUGUGAUAGUUUAAAGAUGAUGUUUUCAAGAAAUAAUGAAGCAUUUUUUUGAUUUGAGGUAGGAGAGAGGAUUUCCACUUUAAUAAUGUCCCAAGAUCAUUCCAGCUAACUGAUUCCACAGAGUAAGUCUGUCAUUUAAGUAUGUUUGAUGUUGAACAGAUUUAGAACUUGUUUGUACUGUGUUUCAGUUUUAAUAUUGGGUCUCAUGCAAUGGCCCUAAAGUUGGGCUUUAUGUAUUCUGAUAUGCUUGUGACUGUUGCACUUUGCUGAUCUCGUGUGCUUUUAUAACAUCUUUGUUUAAGUUUCUAUUUUUUUCCUUUUGGAUUUGUUAAAGAAUAAUGGAAUGAAUAAAUAAUGUAUUUCGGGAAAUCUCAGUAAUGCCAUUGAUUUUUUUGAACCACAGCUUUUAUAACCAUGGGGCAUAACAUUUUUGAUCCUUAAAAAUUGAAAUUGUUAAGUUUUGCGAUUUAUAAAAUAAAUCUCUUUCCACUUUCUACCUCACCUAGAACUUUUGGCUUGUAAAAAUUCCCAGCUUGCCAGGAGGGCAGCAGUGUUUGUGUGUGUGUGUGUGUGUAUGUGUGUGAGUUCGUGCGCGUGUGUGUGUCCUUACUCUGCCCAUAUCUGAAAACUAGUGCAUUCCCCUCCCUUAGAAUGGAAUGCCUUCCCUUGCAAAAGUAUCUCUGCUUGAUGGCAAGCGGCUGAGAAUUAUUCAGGUGGGUUUGGGUUUCAGGUGAAGGAUAUGAAAUCAGGACUGGUGAUGUAGUGUCAACAUUUGUAAUUGAACAAUGGGUGAUACCAUUAACUGGACAUGUGCAAAGGUUUGACCUUUACCGCUUUGUGGAGUUAAAACAGAGUGAGCUAAAAUUAAUCUGCAAAUGCAGCAGUUGAGUUUACUAUUACCAGUUGACUAUGGGUAUGACACAUUUCUGGGAAAGCAAUCUUUUCACUGAUUUCUUUUUGAUAAUGUAUACAUGUUCCAAUCUUCCCCAUCAAUAUGCAUGGAAAUAAAUGCUUGUAUAUUACUAGAGCCAUCCAUUUAUUGCAAUCUGUGAAGACAGCCCAUCAGCUCAUAGAAAAGAGAGCAUCAUUAGCAAUGUUAAGUUUGUGUACAGUUCUGUCAUAGGUUGCCACCUUGCAAUACAUCUCCAGUGCAUGGCAAGCUGAUAAGCAUCUGACAGAGAUGGAUUAAUGUUUCAGAUGAGUCCAUUCACCAAAACUUGCUUGGUCAGCCUAGAGAUGUUCCUUCUAUCAGUUGGGCAAGGCUGCCUGUUCUGGUGCGGGAUCAUCUUUAAGCUAAGUCUUUUGACGUUGCCUGCUUAUUAGGUUGAUAAUGAAAGGUGUAUUGGGAUGGCAGAGUGGUUGGUAUCCUGGAAGGAAGAAAUCAAAUGGGGACCUUCAUCUGAAUCAAUCUGCACCCAGAAUCAUUAACCCUUCUUUGUUUCAGAUGCUGGUGGAACUGCUGUCUGUGUCCUGCAUGUUGUCUUUCCUUUAACAGUUUUUUUCUAUUUUUCUUAAUUUCUUGGUUAAAAUGAUCAGGAAUCUCCUGUGUUUCCGGUGUUGUCUUAACCUGCUUGCUGCACCACUGCCUCCUGAUGCAUUGCUGACUGGGUGCCAGCCCUGCUGGCACAAAGCAAUGAAAUCUUCCAAGGCAAAACAAGAUCUGUGGCAGUUGUGUUUUUUUUUGAGAAAGUUUCCAGUAAUUCUGAACCAGUUGAAAUAUUUCCUUUUUUAGAUUUAUUUUGUAAUUUAUAUUGGAGUGUAUUUGUAAAAGGUUACGUGUGCUAAAUACUGCAGAAAGUCUCCUAAGUUCAAAUUCAGUUACCGAUCCAGUUAUUUCCUGCUAACCAGAGGUUGAUUUAACAGUUGAUAAAUUUGCAGCAGUUAUAUGUAGAACAACAUUAAGUUAGCAUAGAUGUUGUGCAUGAACAACAUAGAGCAUACUGGCUGUUGAAAUGGCAGAGACUGUGAGCAACUAUAGACCUGAAUAAAUAACCCUUCCCUUGUUUCAAGAGGUCAGUGUAUUUUUCUGUUUGAGGAGGUCAGUGAGAGAUUUCAGGCCCUGAAUCUCAUCUGAGUGUUUCAGAUAAUGUUUGUAAACUUUGAGCUUGUUAUCCAAAUACACAUUUUUCCCUCCCCUCCCUGUGUGAUUUUGUUGCCUUUUAAAAUUCCAUGUGUUCCACUUACUAUUUGGGGGAUGUGCUAUUUGUUUCACUAUGGUAAUAAUUGCUGUUGGUAACUAUAGAAGUAAAAAGACUACUAUAUUUGAGCAUGGAUUUUGCUGCCUUGAGUGGAACAUGGGCUUUAAAUAAACAUCUAAACUUAACACCAGACCCCCUUUUGGACUUUUUUGUUUAAAUUUGUUCAUCCUUGAACUGGUUUUGGAAUUCUCAUGCACAAGAUUCUGUAAAUUUUAGGAUUCCUCUUUUUACAGGAUUCUGUUCAGUCUGAUAUACCAUUUUUAUAAAUUGUGUCCUACUUGAAUGAAGGAUCUCUGUUUGUUCCUUUUUCAUAUUGGAGAAUGCACUACUAAUGGAGGGAGUCUCAGCAUCAGGAUCCAGUGAGUGAUUUUUAUUCUCUUUGCAAUGUUUCCCAUCUCCUGACCUGAAAGUACCUUUUUAAUGCAGUAGAUUUUAGGGACACCUUUCAACAUUGUGCCCACAGGGACAUUCUUCUCAUGAACCUGGGUAGUGUUACUGCCAGGCUACCAUUUAAGAGAGCACAGCCUAGCCUGAUCAUGACCUGACUAGACAUCCAGGCAGAAAUAUUUUCCAGCCAGAUUUGCUCAUCAAGAAUGAGAACCGCUGACUUUCUUUCCCAGCAUCUCCUGGUGUCCUCUUUUUGCCUCGGGUGUGACCGGCUAAGGGAAUGCAGCCCAAGUUUUGCCCUAUUUCACAUUGUGCUUCACUGCUCCAUAAAAUGCAUUUACUGAGAAGUGUGGGGACCUAAAACUCACUUUUUUUAACAUUGAUUAUAAUUAUUCUGUUUUCGAAGGUGUUCUGAUGGAGAGACUUCCUCAAUGUGGAUCCUAAAAUGUAAAAUGUCUUAUUUAAAAAAUCUUUAUCUCCAGUCACAUUGAUAUAAAUGAUUUAAUUGCAAUAAAACUUUGAGCCUAUUUUGUCACAA